CAGGUUUCCUAGCUGUUGCUGCUUGACAUGAUGCAGCAAGGAUCUCCGUUGGCGCCCACAAUGCAUGAGACUCAACUCCAGUGCACGGCGUGGGCUCAGAUCGCGUUGAUGGACACCAAGCCAUGGUGGCCUGUUUACAUAGCUGAUCCAAAUGUCUUGACGACGGAUGAGUUGCUCUCGUUGGGUGGCGCACCACUCGUGGACACUGCCAAGUCGACAACGCCCAGCGACGUCGUCGUGUUUUACUUCGGUCUUCGUACAUGGCACCUGCGAGAGCGCGACGACGCCACUCUUCAACGGUGGCAGUGCCGGGACCACUGGCAGUUUCUCCAAGGCGCUCCAUCCGCAGCCAUGGACGUGUCGAGCGUAUGGGAAAACUUUGUCGAAGCCAUGGACGACGUCGAGAACUACCUCUCGGUCGAUCAAAGCCAACGCACGUUACCACGUUCAGCGGAGGCUGCUGCUCCCCCUCUUCCUUCUCCAUCUACGCCAACGCAUGAUACGCACCAUGGUUCGCCACAGCAGCCCGCAGAAUGCCCCAACACUGUCCCAAGGCCAUUGGCCACAUUUGGAACCGUCGCAUGGUCCAAACUGGCGGGGCGUCCUUGGCUGCCAGUGUUUGUUGUAGAUCCGGCCAAUAUUCCUCUCGAACUUCGACCUUUGAGCGAAUUCCAGUCUCAGGUAGUCGACAACGCAACGUGCAACUCGCUGGACCAUCGCUUGGUGUAUUACUUUGGCUACCACAACCUUGGGUUGAUACCUGUGCAUGCCCUCAGGGCGUGGAAGGGCCCUGAACAUGCCGAGUUUCUCGCUGGAUGCCGCCCUACGCAAGUGUCCACGGUGCAAUCGGCGGCUACCGUUGUGGCGACUGCAGAGGCCGAGGAAUUCCUUCGGUCAAACCCAAACACGAGACAGUUGCCGCUUCCUUGUUCCUGGAGCAACCAGUCAACCGACGGGAGUGCAACUCCCAUCCUUGACGCUACCGUCAAGUCCGACAUCCCAUCGGAGCAUGGCUCUGCACCGCCAGGCGAUACCGCGACGAACGAUGCGAAUGCCGUAGAGGAGCAGCCUUCUACAUCUCCAACAUUGACCGCCCCCUUUGCCGCGGGGUCAGUGGUGUGGACGUUCACCACUGGAGAAGGCUGGAUCCCAGCGAUUGUGUGCGACCCGGCUCAAGUGCAAACUGCCUUACCAAACUUGACCGGUUGGUACAAGACACUCCUGCGCAAAGCCAUGGACCAUCCGGCAGACUACGUCGUCGUAUACUUGUUUGGGCCUCGUACGCUUGGCCUCCGCAACACCCACGACGACGUGGUGAAGUGCUGGGAGUGCCCAGAACACGUCACGUAUGUACAGGGUGACGCUAGUCUCGAUUUUUCCAACCAACGACAGGCAUCGUUUCGACAAGCCAUCGAGACUGCAAAGACGGUUGCCGCAGGAGACGCCAGCGCCACCUUGUCGUUCAUUCAAAUAUGUGACAAGGACGAUGAGACUAGCGAAAAGGCGGCGACUACAGAGACGUCUCGGCCCCUUGUAGGAAACGACACCAUUCCGCCUCCCACCGGCCCAUCAGAUCCGCCGACUAAGGCUACCUACCCCCCGGACGUGACGCUGAAGUGUCACCAACCCGCUUCGCCUCCCGAUCACCUCAAAAAGCCACGCCCGAACGAUGCGAUUACCGCUGUAGAUGACGUUAUCGACUUGUCCGAGGAAGCAUCAUCCAACGACCCCAGUUUUCUCCAGAAGAGCAAGUUCGUGCCAAGCGCCUCCUUGUCGUGUUCAGCCAAGGCGCGUCGAGUGCACGCCGGCGACGACGGAGGAAUUCCGUUCCGAUCGCUGGCGUGGGUGCGGAGCCGCACGGGCUACAUGUGGUGGCCAGCGUACAUUUGUGACCCGGAUGACACCCCCCACCAACUCCAUUCGAUGGGGUAUUGCCUGUUGUACAGCGUAGCCAAAGCCAAACAAUACAGAACCGCGCUGCGCCUGGUGCUUAGUUUUGGCCGACACACCAUCUCUCUGCAUGAAGUUGCGACCGACCUCAAACGAUGGGAGUGCCCCGAGCACGACGCGCUGUGCCGCGUUCACGAGAAUCCUCCUCCCCAACAAAUCAUCGCGGCGAAGUUGUUUGCCGCGGCGCUAAAAGAAGCCUUGGACUGGGCGGCAAGUACGAGAGCGCCGACGGCAACGCCGUUCAUGCUACUAAACGCGAUCAAGUCGGCAAUGUCGAGGCCCCCCACGACCGUUGGCUACGGGGCCAAAGCAUGGGCGAUGACGGCGUCGUCCAUAUGGUUUCCUGCGUGUGUAUUGCAUCCAUUGAAGUUGCCCCCCGAGCUCAAAGACUGGGAACGGACGCACGGGGACUUGGUUGUGUUGGUCAAGACGCACCCGUGUGAGAAUCGACUGGUCUACGUCUUUGGCCUUCACGAGCUAGGCGUUCGGAACGUCAAGACCGAAUUGGUGUCGUGGCAGGGCGACAACCCCAACCUGGCCAAGGGCCGCAAAGACGUGGCGUUUUCCAAAACGUAUGUCGACGUGGGCCAUCAACUCACUCGUGCCCAACUUGAAAUGAACGCGUACUUUGGCACUGACGAAGCGACCCGCCGGUUGCCCAUGCUUGGCUCCGUAGCCGUCCCCGCCCAGCCCAUGCAGCCAGUCGCGACGAGUACUGAUGUGGUGGUAGUGCCGUGGAAUUCGCUGGGAUGGGUGAAGAUAUACCUUUCGUGGUGGCCAGUGUACGUAUGCGAUCCGACUUGCGUUCGCCCUACAUUGCACAUUCUCGGUGCUGUGGAUAUGCAAAUGCUGCGACAUGCCACUGCCACCCCCGACAAGUGUCGACUGGUCUACUAUUUCGGCCUCUAUACAUUGGGACUAGCAACGACCAAGUCGGUUAAACGAUGGAACUGCCCCGACCAAGACGCAUUAGCGAACCGAAUGCUGGAGGUUCAAGAUGGGCAAACCAGCACCAGAGCGUUGCAGGAAGCCAAUGAGUAUGCUGGGGCUGACAAGGCCACUCGGCUGCUGCCGUAUAUGGUGGCGUCCGACUUGAACCCGCUAGAAGACCCGCCUCCUCUUUCGCUGGUGUGGCACUUCCGCUUGGAUUCUGUCUGGGCUCCUGGCCUAGUGUACGACCCAAAGCAGCCGUGGCCUCAGGCAUUUGGACGCCCGCCAGACAACAUGCUAGCUGCGCUCAAGUCGGUUCGAAACCCGUACCAUGUUGUGUUCAAUUUUGGCUACCGAGACUAUUCUAUGGUCAGAGCUCAUGCCAAGUGCAUUGUGCCGUAUCGUUGCCCCAUGCACGCCAAGUUUGUGGCUGCGAUUUCGUCGUUAGAAAACGAGGACGUCCGAUCUAAACUGCUGGCUGCGCUGCAAGAAGUCGAGGCGUUUACGGCAAUGGAUUCACCAGUUCCAGGCGCUAUGGACAGUCCACCGCCUUCGUUGCAUGUCGAGAGCCCAUCGGGCGUUCCCAAUCCCGCUACAAAUAAUACCCUUCCCGACCAGGUCACAGCACCUUCGUACCCCAUCCGUACAUCAUCUGCUAUCGAGCCAGCCAUGACCCUACUUGUUGAAGCCCCUGUACCGCAUGCAUUUGCUGUUAAUGACACACUUUCGACUGUCCAUGCUGCUCAACGGGUUGAGGAAGCGGAGGACCAGUCGACGAUUCGUACGAGCGACGACGACGGGCGACCUACAAAAAGCGAUGCCAUUGGUCAGGAUGACGACGGAGCUGCCGAACCGUCCCACUCGCAGUACGAUUUGGUGGAUUGCAUCGGAUGGGCCCGGGCACCGAAGCUGCCGUGGUGGCCAGUGUAUAUUUGCGACCCAGACCAUAUUCCCGAAGACCUCAAGUUGCUGGCGCCCAGCCAGCAACUGUACCAGCCUCAGUGGGCGACCCGCAAAGACCCGGCUAAGCGUCGCCUUGUGUUUUAUUUUGGACGCAACAUCUUCGGCUCCGCUCUACGGUGUCAAGUCAUGCCGUGGGAGUACUCGGCAAAUGACGCCGUGUUGGGACACAUGUCGUUCGAAACAGAGCAAAACCUCCAUGGGGCCGUCGUCCUUGCUCAAAACUACGCAGCCAAGCACCAUGGACGCACCCGUGAAGGUGCUGCACAGGGGCCACACGAUGCUGCCACACACAACAACCAGCAGCCCCCCGCCCCACAAAAAAGGAUCCAAGCAACGUCACCAGCAGCACAUGCUUCGACGACGGACGCUCCACCUGCAAUUGCCGCUGCUGCCGAAGCACCCCCGCAACAUGCUCAUGCAGUGACUCUAUCGACGCCGAUUGCUGAUCCCCACGGUUUAUUGUCGUAUUAUGACCACGUAAUGUGGAUGAAUCAUCAGCAUGUGUGGCGACCCGUGUACGUGGUGAACCCGGACAAGCCACCUUUACACUUCCCGUCCACGGAUCUGGUUGGCCCCCACAGAACAGUUCUGCCAGUACAUCAUCAAGAUGGGCGCCCGCUGUUGGUCGUGUACUGCUUUGGAUUGCACACCGUUACCACUUGCGAAAAGGGCUGGCUUGCGCCUUGGCUUUGUGCAGAGCGACGAGAAUUUGUGCGCAUUGGAGGUGCCUCCGUCGCGAUAGCGCUUCAAGAAGCCAAUGAUUUCUUGGCGCGCGGAAAAGUCUUUAGGUUGCAACGCAGUACCAUGUCGAAACGGCCAUCACAACAUGGGCUCGUCCACAACAUCCCCCCACAUGCCGCCGGCACGCAUCCGUCCGAGCGGCGGCUCCCCCGACAGCCCCCAUCGCCCGUCCUCCCAACAGGGGUCCACCCCCCUGCAGCCCCUCCAACCCCCCCUGCUCCUGUCCUCCGAAGCAAAGUCCCCGCCGUCGACAGCGGCCGUUCCUUCACGCCUCCCUGCCAUUCCGUGGCAUGGGGCAUCCUUCGGGGGUUUCCAUGGCUGCCCGUGUACAUUCUGGAUGCAUUGACGUUGAAACCAGAUUUGCACCACUUGGGCGAUGGCCACGUGUCCAUUUUGGAACAAGCGCGGCAGCAUCCGUCGUGGAGAAUUGUCUACUACUUUGGAACCCACGACUUUGGGAUUCACCCAGAUCCAAGCGCGACGUUAAAGCCGUGGAAUUGCCCCGAAAGCGACAAAUUUGCCAACGGGUUCCCAAAGGAAAAGUGUAAAAAGCACCGCAUUCGGGUCGAGCUGGAGGUGGCCGUCAAAGAAGCCCGGACAUUUUUAUCAAGUCAUCUGGACGACCGACUGUUGCCGUACAUGGUUCGAUCCGACUACUUGGACCUCGCUGCCACCGAAGACGAGGACGCCGACCCGCCGUCUUCCGAGAGGGACGUGGAUACACACCUGCCUUCGCCAAGUGAUGAAGAAGCAAGCGACGAUGGCGACGACAGUGAACGUGACGACGAGUAUGCAGACACGACUCAAGGCACAAAGAACAACAACAAGCGUGGGUUUCGUACUGUUGGGAAGUCGCGCAUUCCAGCGAAACGACGACCAAGUCAACAUACGUGGCACAACCUCGUGCGUUUGAAACGACAUGCAACGAACCUGUGGACGAUUCAAGGGCCACCGUAUCGACGACCAACAAGUCGUCAGCGUGCAUGCGAUACGGAGGCACCACUUGCAUGCGAUACGGUGGCACCACUUGCAACCAUUCCAACUUCGAUGAAUCACGACGCUGUGUCUGAAGAGACCAUCCGACUAUUCCAAACGACCCCCCCUCGAAGCUCUAUCGCACAUACGUUGGCACCCCUAGACUCGACCCCCGAAGCCAACCCCCCUGACCACGUCAAGCCGGCAUUGCUGCCUUCGCAACGCGUGGCGUGGGUGCUGCUGCAAGAUGCGAUUUGGUGGCCUGUGCUGGUUUGCGGGUCGUUCUUCCAGGACGAGAACCCCGAUAAGGGCGGACAUUUGGUCGAAGCGGUUCACUUGUACUACUUUGGCACCCACACCUAUGCCGAACACAUCUGCGCCAACAUUCAACUGGCCGCGUGGAAUGGUCCUGACCACGGCACGCUUUUGGAAAACCCAGCGAUCGGUGAGCAUUUCGUCCAACGGGUGAUGGACGAUUUCAAACGAAGCAUCGCAGAAGCCGAGGAUUUCUAUUGCACGCACAAGACGAUGCUGGACCGCGAUGCACUGUACGCGUCUGUCAAGUCGCUUGCCCCGAGCUCCGAUGCAAUGUCAAAAGCCAAGUCGAACGCCCCAAACCAGGUCAAGCGAGAAAGCCCGUCGAAGCCGACUAGUCGAGUAGUGCACCGCAAUGAACUUGACGACCCCGAAUUCGACGCGUUUUUUCGAUAAGGAACUAAAAUACUCGGUUAAUUGCUUAAGCACAGGUAGUAUUACUUCGAAGUA